ACAUAAGGCAAGCAUUUUCAUGAGCCAGGGUGAACACAGCCACCGCGCUGCUUCCGAGCCUAACAAGGAAAUGGGUCCUGGUUUGACGCCGGUUGGAGGCCUUGUCUCUGUCGUUAAAACACUUGAUUGGACAUAGCCCCGCCCAUCUCCGAGGGACUGACUGGUAACCUGCCUAGUGCCUCCUGCAACUCUCUCCCUCUCCGGCUCUGUCAAGCCCCUCCUUCCUUCUUGAAUUAGGGUUACAGCUCCUUUCUCCGUCGGAAGCGCUUCACACUCCACAGCGGGAGGGUCAUCCAUUCCUUUGAAGGGAUUAUUAGGGUUAGGUUUUUCGACCACUACGGGAUAGGCUUCUCUAUUUUUCCAAGAGAGCGGCUUCGAGGCUGUAUCUUUGAAGCGCAGAAAGGAACGACCUUGUCGCUGGUCGCCAUUGGAUUAGAGGCGUUUUCUUUUCUUUAUCUAUUAGUCGAUCCGCUGGGCCAUGGAGUACGCGAACUCCAAUGACCUUGGAGGGAAACGGAAGAGGGACGCGUUCGAGCCGGACGAAGCGGAAAACGGCGGCGUUGAUUUCGCCCUCUUGGAGGCGAUUGAGCGGUCGCAGAGCGCUGUCGAGGCCAUCGACGCCCGCGCCGUGAAGAAGCUCGUUCUUGCCUUCGAGCGGCGCCUGAACAGCAACCUGGAAGCUCGCCUGAAGUACCCGGAGCAGCCGGAGAAGUUCGCCGACUCGGAGGUGGAGCUCCACGAGGAGAUUGAGAAGCUCAAGAUCCUUGCCGGCGCGCCUGAGCUCUACCCGGAACUCGUCCAGUUGAACUCCGUUCCUUCCAUCUUGGGGCUCCUAGCGCAUGAUAACACCGACAUAGCCAUUGACGUUGUCAGCCUCCUCCGCGACCUCACUGAUGAAGACGUGGUCGAGGACAGCGACGAGGGCGCUCAGGUUCUUGUUGAUGCUUUGCUGGAGAACAAUGCCCUCGAGUCUCUGGUCCAGAACCUUGGCCGCCUUGACGAGUCCGAUCCUGAUGAGAUGAGCGCGGUAUACAACACGCUAGCGACGAUUGAAAACUUGAUCGAGGUGAAGCCGGCGGUUGCAGAACUCGUCUGCGAGCGGACGAAAUUCUUGCGGUGGCUGCAGAACCGGAUUAAGGCCCGUGAAUUCGAUAGCAACAAGCAGUAUGCAGCGGAAAUCCUCGCAAUACUCCUGCAAAACAGUGCGGCCAACCAGAGGCGGCUUGGUCAGAUUAAUGGAGUGGACACUGUGCUCCAGUCUGUGGCCAUGUACAAGUCGAGGGAUCCGAAAAGUGCUGAUGAAGAGGAGAUGGUCGAGAAUCUGUUUGAUUGCUUGUGCAGCUUGGUGAUGCCUAUGGAGAACAAGGAAAAAUUCGUCGGUGCAGAAGGGGUGGAGCUGAUGAUCAUCAUCAUGAAACAGAAGAAAUCUGCAUAUGGUUCGGCGAUCAGGGUACUCAAUUUUGCCAUGACGAAGUUCCCGCGAGCCUGCGAACGGUUUGUUGAUGUGUUGGGGCUGAAAACAGCGUUCGCUGCUUUCAUGGGUAAGGUUCCUGUGCACAAGAGGAAUAAGAAAGAAAGCUAUCAGGAAGAGUUGGAAGAGCGUAUUGUGUCGCUAAUCGCAUCGUUAUUUGGUGGCAUCACUCGUGGUUCAAGAAGGGAUCGGCUGCUUAGCAAGUUCAUUGAAAAUGAAUGUGAAAAGAUAGAUCGGUUGAUGGAACUCUACAUGAGGUAUUCAAAUCGUGUUAAAGCAGAAACAGAACGGCUUGACCAACUUGAGCUUGAUGACUUAGAGAUGGACGAAGAGGAGCGUUACAAUCGCAAAUUGGAAUCUGGUCUUUACACACUGCAAUUAAUUGCAGUUAUUCUUGGUCAUCUAUGGUCGUCUGACCAUGCUCGAAUGAGAGCCCGGAUUGAGCUUUUGUUAAAGCAGCAUAGACUAUCAAAGAACGAUGUCAAGAAUGUGCUGCAGGAAUACCAUGACAACAUUGGGGAUCUCGAUGGUCCAGAGGAAAAAGAACGUGCACAAGCCAAGAUUCAAAAAUUUAUUGAAGCUUUCUGAUAUGCAGUCAUCGUACAUCGUAAGUUUUUGAAGCUUUGCAGAAGAUGGUUGAAGAUCUUCAAGAGGUUUGACUUGUAAUCUUGAGUGUAUUGGUUUCGCUGUGUACGAAUUGACAGAAUCAUUCAAUCUUAAAUGGUCAAAUUCCUUUUUCUUCCCCA